GAAAAGGGUUAGGUUUGUAGUUCGUUGUAAUGAAAAAGAGGAAGAGGAAGUGUGAUCCAGAGAGUGAGAAGCAAAGAAGAGAGAGUUAAAAUUAAAGAACGCAAAGUACAAUGCUCUCUUGAUCACUUUUCAUUUCAUGUCUCAUCCCACUAAGCGCUCUGCCACCGCAUCCACUGACGCCUCCUCUUCCUCCGCCGCCGCUACAGCAACCAUGAAGAAGGCCAAGUCGCAGGCCGUUGCAUGCUCUCUCGACUCCAAGAACUCCCUCAGUCACCACCAUCACCACCAUCAUCGCCAGCACCCAGACGACACCCUUUUCGACCCUGCCGCCUCUCCGAUGGCGCUUGACGACGAUCUCAAGAGCGACGACCAGAAUGCGCGCGGCGCCGUCGCUGCAAAUCUGUCCCGCAAGAAAGCCACCCCUCCUCAACCCGCCAAGAAGCUCCUCAUCAAGCUCCGCAAAGGUAAACCAACGAUGCCACCGAAUUUUGAGGAGGAUACAUGGGAAACGGUGAGAUCAGCUAUUUCAGCCAUAUUCUUAAAGCAACAUCUUUCUUGUGACCUGGAAAAGCUUUAUCAGGCUGUAAGUGAUAUGUGUCUUCACAAAAUGGGGGCGAAUCUUUACCAACGGAUUGAAAGGGAGUGUGAAACACACAUAUCUGCAGCACUGCAGUCUUUAGUUGGCCAAAGCCCAGACUUGGUUGUUUUUCUAUCUCUAGUUGAGAGAUGUUGGCAGGAUCUUUCUGAUCAAAUGUUGAUGAUUCGUGGUAUAGCCUUGUAUUUGGAUAGGACAUAUGUGAAGCAAACUACAAAUGUACGGUCACUAUGGGACAUGGGAUUGCAACUUUUCCGCAAACACCUUUCACUAUGUCAAGAAGUGGAACACAAAACUGUUACAGGUCUUCUACGUAUGAUUGAAAGUGAAAGAUUAGGUGAAGCAGUUGAUAGAACUCUCCUAAACCAUCUCUUGAAGAUGUUCACUGCUCUGGGAAUUUAUGCAGAAAGCUUUGAGAAGCCAUUCCUUGAAUGCACAUCUGAAUUUUAUGCUGCUGAAGGUAUGAAAUACAUGCAGCAAUCAGAUGCUCCAGAUUACUUGAAGCAUGUGGAGACAAGAUUGCAAGAGGAACAUGAGAGAUGUUUGUUGUAUUUAGAUGCAAGUACUAGGAAGGCCUUGAUAGCUACUGCAGAAAAGCAACUUCUUGAACGUCAUAUACCUGCCAUUCUUGACAAGGGUUUUACAAUGCUUAUGGAUGCGAAUCGUAUUGAAGACCUUCAGAGAAUGUACACGCUUUUUUCGAGGGUCAAUGCACUUGAGUCAUUGCGGCAAGCUCUUAGUUCCUAUAUCAGGAGAACUGGGCAGGGCAUUGUUAUGGAUGAGGAGAAAGAUAAAGAUAUGGUUUCAUCCCUUCUCAUAUUUAAGGCUUCCCUUGACACAAUAUGGGAACAAAGCUUUUUCAAGAAUGAAGCAUUCAGUAACACUAUCAAAGAUGCAUUUGAGCAUCUUAUCAAUAUCCGCCAGAACCGACCUGCAGAAUUGAUUGCCAAAUUUUUGGAUGAGAAGCUUCGAGCAGGUAAUAAGGGCACUUCUGAAGAGGAACUGGAGGGUACACUUGACAAAGUCCUGGUUUUAUUCAGGUUCAUUCAGGUAUACUCUGUUUCAUUGUUGGGGUUACUCCUACUUAUACCUGUUGUAACUUCAAUUAUGGUCCUGUUGAAGACAGAGUGUGGCAGUCAAUUCACAAAUAAGCUGGAAGGAAUGUUUAAGGACAUUGAAUUAUCAAAAGAAAUAAAUGAAUCCUUCAAACAGUCAUCCCAGGCAAGGUCAAAACUACCAUCAGGGAUUGAAAUGAGUGUUCAUGUCUUAACCACUGGGUACUGGCCAACAUAUCCACCCAUGGAUGUUAGACUUCCUCAUGAAUUGAAUGUUUACCAGGAUAUUUUCAAAGAGUUCUAUCUAAGCAAAUAUAGUGGAAGACGUCUGAUGUGGCAAAAUUCAUUAGGUCAUUGUGUCUUAAAGGCAGAGUUUCCUAAAGGAAAAAAGGAGCUCGCUGUGUCCUUAUUUCAGACUGUUGUUCUAAUGUUAUUCAAUGACGCCGAGAAACUAAGUUUUCAAGAUAUUAAAGAUGCUACUAGCAUUGAGGAUAAGGAACUGAGAAGGACUCUGCAAUCACUUGCAUGUGGAAAAGUUCGAGUCCUACAAAAGAUUCCCAAGGGUAGAGACGUCGAGGAUGAUGAUUCAUUUGUUUUCAAUGACACGUUUAUGGCUCCUCUUUACCGUAUAAAGGUGAAUGCAAUUCAGCUGAAGGAGACAGUCGAGGAGAACACAAGCACCACCGAGAGAGUUUUCCAAGACCGUCAAUAUCAGGUUGAUGCUGCUAUUGUGAGGAUAAUGAAGACUAGAAAAGUGCUUAGUCACACCCUUCUUAUCACUGAACUCUUCCAACAGCUCAAAUUCCCAAUAAAACCAGCUGAUUUGAAGAAAAGGAUAGAAAGCCUUAUAGAUAGGGAGUAUCUAGAGAGAGAUAAGAACAACCCACAAAUAUACAAUUACCUCGCUUAAAUUAGUAUGCUUCUGACUUCACAUUAUAGAAUUUUCUUUUGUAAAUGACAAUCAUGGGAAAGACUUCACUGAGUCCCUCAGUCAUAUAUGUAUAGUAAUACUAUGCUGGAUUCUCCCUCCAACCUCAACCCCCUCUCUUUUUCACUUUAUCUACAAUCGUACUGUAAUUAUAAACCCUUUUUUAUUUUGCCUCUUGGAAGUUUUCUCUAUAUCAAUAGUUACUCAUCUUAACUACUUUCUGUGUAACGCGGUAAGAAUCAUCUCCACCACAUACUCGCAUUGUAAUUUAUAAUAUUUUUUUACAGCCUUC